AUGGCGCAGAAGGCGGAGAGGAACAAGUUCUCAUCUCCGGUCGUUCUUCGGUGGGACAAUCCAGCAGAACAUCCUGGCCCCAAUCGAGUCUCUUUCCCAGUCACUUCAGAUGACGACGCCACCAAGGCGUUCGAUCACCUCCUCGAAGUCUCUGAAAAGGCUACAUUCGGCUUCCAAGGACGACACGAAUUCGACGAGACAUACCGCAAGGCCCAGAAGUUUGGUGCCGGUGACUUCUGUACCACCGUCUGCCCUCAUGAAACGGGCAUCGUCGCCGCUGUCAGUCAAGUUCUACUCCCCAGCUACGACUUUGGCAAAGAUAAACGGUCCAUUCGUGCAGAGCUGUAUAACAUGAACAUCUACUCCGGGCCGUCAGGCAAGUUCAAGGCGCACGUCGAUACUCCUCGUUCGUCCUACCAAAUCGGUUCUCUGGUUGCCUGUCUCCCAAUGGAGCACCAGGGCGGCGAGCUGGCUGUGAGACAUCUCGGAAAUACCCAUACUUUCGACUGGGCCAUCAAUUCUGACGAAUCCCUUAUCCAGUGGGCAGCCUUCUACAGCGACUGCGAACACGAGGUGUUUCAGGUAAAGUCUGGUCACAGAGUCACCCUCACGUACAACCUUCCUACUUCGCUGCCCCUCUACAACCAGAUUCUAACCAUGCUCACGUCCGACAAGUUCAAGUCCAAGGACAGACCUCCGGGACUCUACAGCACGCACGCUUAUCCUCACACCGAGCAGGAAUAUGCCCUUCCGUUCUGCCUCAAGGGUCUCGACAUGGUGCUCUACAACACCUUCAAAAGCCUGGGCUUGCAAGUCCAUUUAUGUGCUAUCCUCGAAAACCCGAUCGGCUAUGAAAAGCGAGUGCUUGACGAUGGGGAAUUCUCUGAUGAAGAUACAGAUGCUAAUUCCAUGGAGGAGAAGAGGGAAUUGGCAGAGAGACUGAACCCGGAAGAUGACCCUAGCAGCGAAGACUACAUCCCUCCCCGAGUCGUAGGAGUCCUCAACAAAGUAUACGCCACCGAUAUGAUGGUUAAGACCGAGGGUGGUGUAAAAAACAUCAUCGAAUGGGCCGUUGAACCCAAUAAAAUCAGGUUCGACGCCAGCAAAAUCGUCUGGCUGAGCCAGAGCAACGCUGGGGAGAAAGUUCAGGCUUCGUUUAUUGUACUGCAGUACGGUAACGAGCCAUCCUCCUCCGAGAUCUAUUCGUAUUUUGCGAUGGUUGUCGAAAUCCCCGCCAAGAAGGUGAGCACAAGCGAUAAUGAAUAG